UCAAUUACAAUGACAUCAUCAUCAUCAUCAUCAUCAGCAACAACAACGGUGCCAUCAAUACUAUACCACUACACUACCAGUGCCGGUGCUAAAGGUAUACGGCUGGCCGGUCAUAUAAAAAAGUCGGGUACUAGCGGUGCAUUUGGACCGGGUGUCUAUAUGACAUCAAUGGAUCCGUAUAGCUACUAUCGCAAUGAAAUUGUACAAAAUAAUUACGGCUCCGGUAGCCGUACUAACUAUGCCGAUUGGGUAGUAUUUAUCUAUACGGAUAAACUGGUUAAAACUAAACUACACCGGGUAACUACCAGAGCCAAUCAGGAUAUCUAUCGGUACGAGGAUGAUGUCAGUGUAUCGCCCAGUGAUAUACAUGAUAAACCUCAGCGCCAGAAAAAAAGUAAAUCCCAGUCAACCGUUACAUAUAGUGGUGUUCAACCAGUGACUAACAUGGAGACUGUACCCAAAACACUGUACCACUAUGUUUGCACUGCCGACGCCCAGGCCAUCAAAAACAACAAAAAGAUACUACCGGGUCGUAUAACGGGACAGGCAGCCAAUGGUGUACUACUAUCAUCGAUGGAGCCCGGCCAAUUUAAUCGUGACGAUAUCAAACAAGAUAUUUUUGAUGGCAAGUGUCCGAUCAAUUGUGUCGAUAAUGUAGUACAGGUUGCCAGUGGCCAACUGGACAGUAGCCAAUUGCACCAGUUUACCCGUCAAGGUAAAUAUGACCUGUACUACUACGAUACAACUAUAACCGUACAGCAACCGGAUGUUAUGGAUAAGCCACGUUGUAUGAAACCACGGCCGGGUAGUCAACAGCAGCAGCAGCACCCACCGUAUCAAAUGUAUGGCCAACAACAACAGCUACCAUAUAUGCCAUACUAUCCUCCACCACCUCCUACUGCCAUACAAUUUAUUGGUGGACAGCCCUAUGUGCCAAUGAUGCCUUAUGGCAACAACUAUCCACCUCCUUUUCAAUAUGGACAGCCACCACCACCACCACCAUCAUAUACUAAUCAAUCACCUAAUAUGCCGCCACCACCACAACCACCACCUAAUAUGGCAUAUCCACAACAAAAUAUGUAUAACCCAUAUAAUAAUAAUAAUAAUAAUAAUAAUAAUCCAUAUCAACAAUACCCUAAUACAUAUUAUCCUAAUUAA